GUCUGGCACCGAUACCCGUACUCGAGUGAGUACCCGGGCACUCGAGCAGGCCUCUACUCGCCUGGGUUGCUGGGUGGUGGCCAUCUCCGCCCACGACUACACCACGCUCACCGACGCGGCGCCCGCGAAUAUGCGCGCUCGUCGCGCUUGCCUGUGCUUCGGCCUGGUCGUGGUCCUCGUCGCCGGUCUCACCACGGACAACCACAAGCUCAACGCACCUCGCAGUGCCUUGAUGCCGAUCGUGAUUGUGCCGGGCACGGGCGGCUCGCAGCUCGAGGCCCGGCUCGACAAGCCAAGCUCGCCGCACUGGUGGUGCGCUCGGCAAGCGGACUGGUUCCGCCUCUGGCUCGACACGAAGGAGCUGCUGCUCGACGCGCUCACGCAGUGCUGGGCCGACAACAUCCGGCUGAUGUGGAAUGAGACGGCGGGCGCGAUGCAGAACGCCCCGGGCGUCGAGACGCGCACGCCAGAUUUUGGCGGCGUCUCCGCCUUCAGCGAACUCGACCCCUCGCUCCCGCUGCACGCGUCUUCCUACUUCCGCGACCUGAUCGCUGCGCUCGAGGCGAGGGGUUACGUGGCCGGCAGCUCGCUCCUCGGGGCGCCGUACGACUUUCGGUACGCGCCGUCGUCGAAGGUCGGCCGACGCUUCACCGCCGAUCUCCGCGCGCUGCUCGAGCGGGCGCGGGAGGCGUCCGGCCGGCCUGCGCUGCUGCUCGCCCACUCUUACGGCUGCCUGCUCUCGCUCCACUUCCUGCAGGGCCAGAGCGCGGCUUGGAAGGCGAAGCACGUCGCGGGCUUCGUCUCCGCUGGCGGGCCGUACGGCGGCAGCGCGCACGAGCUCGUCGUCCUCGCCUCCGGCUCCAACGAGGGCGUCGCCACCGUCCACCCGCUCACGAUCCGGCACGAGCAGCGCACCUACGAGUCAAACCACCUGAUGCUGCCCAGCCCCGCCGUCUUCGGCGCGGCCCCGCUCGUCACGACGCCGGAGCGCACCUACGCGCCCACGCAGUACGCCGACUUCUUCGCAGACAUCGGCUGGCGCCACGGCGCGCAGGUCUACGGGCAGGUGCGCUCGCUGCUGCGCGGCUUCGCCCCUCCGGGCGUGCCGACGCACUGCGUCUACGCGGUGGGGCAGCGAACCGAGCGCAACUACACCUACGGCCGCGGGUGGCCCGACGCGCAGCCGGAGAGGGUCGGCCACGGCGACGGCGACGGCACCGUCAACGUCGAGUCGGCGGAGGUGUGCCGCCGCUGGCCGGGCACAAACGUGACGGUGCUUCGCGGUGUCGCGCACAUGGACAUCGUCAAGGACGGCGACUUCAUCGCCGCAGUUGAAGCCUUGCUAGCCGACGUAGGGGCGCCGCCCGCUGAAGGAGUGCGGGCCGAGCGGGGGAGUGAGAUUGCUGUGUGAGACCCGCGCUCGGCUAGCGCUCGGGUGGAGGGGCGUGUUGUGCCUACGUGUUACUCUGUUGUUUUGUCCCAUAGUGACGUAUAAAAAGCCCUGA